AAAAUAAUUAUGACAUAAUAAGCAAGAUAACCUUAAAAUCUCUUUCUUUUUGAAAUAAUGUUUAAAGAUUGAGGAACAUAAUAUUAUAAAAUAUAGUACAUAUAAUAUCUACUUGUCUUGAAUGUGUAAUUGUUAAUGUAUUAGUAAUUAAAUAUUUCGAACCAUGUCGCUGCUUAGAUCUACUAAGUUUGUGCGGUAUUUUACUGGUGCGGCGAGAACUCUCAUACUGAACAGCGCCAAGACUGCAGAAGCCAACAUUUUAAUUAACUCUAAAGCUUUAAUUGGCGCCAACAAUGUCUUAAUAAGAGAUUAUUCAACAUCCAAGAAAACCGAAAGCCUCGAGCCCCUUCUACAAAAGUUGGAUUCAGAAGUACGGAGAUUUGGACGAAUCACUAAGAAGGAUAUUGAUGAAGUAUUUGAUGAAAUUCGCUCCAAAAAUGACAUUACAAGUUCACAAUCACUGUUGGUCAUCAGAUGCUGUGGUGAAUUGGUGCCAGAAGAAUUGCCAGAACAAAGAACACUACUUGUACAGAAAAUAUGGAAUGUUCUAACAGAGAGAGGCAUUCCUAUGGACAUUUCACAUUACAAUGCAUUGCUUAGGGUAUAUAUUGAGAAUGAACAUCAAUUUUCACCUGCUAAGUUUUUAGAAGAAUUGGAGAAAAAAGGGUUACAACCAAACAGAGUGACAUAUCAAAGACUUAUGUGGCGCUACUGUCAAGAAGGUGAUGUUGAAGGUGCAACUAAAGUUUUAGAGAAAAUGAGGGAGCUCAACUUUCCUGUCUCUGAGCCAGUAUUAAAUGCUUUAGUUAUGGGCCAUGCCUUCCAUGGGGACACAGAUGGUGCAAAAGCUGUUCUCGAGACAAUGGCUGGUGCUGGUCUUGAACCAACAAAUCGUACAUAUACCCUAUUAGCCUGCGGCUAUGCUAAAAAAGGUGACAUUGAGGGUGUUAAAAGCACUAUUGAAGCAGCUACACAAAAAGAUACACUUCUACUUGACAAGGAUAUUUUAGAUAUUGUAGAGUAUCUGGCAAUUGGAGGCCAUGAAGACAAGGUUGAACAGGUAUUCCCAUAUUUGCAAAAAGCAAUUGGAUAUAAUCAAGAUGUCUGCAAUCUUAUACUAAAAUUACUCAACAAAGGACAUGAAGAAACAGCCAAAAAGAUAAUGAAGACUAUGCCAAAAACAGCCAAUGUAGAGGAUACACCAUUCAAAGGAGCUUUCUAUGUGAAACAAUUAUUGAAAAUUAAUAAAACCGCCGAUUCUAUCAUUAAAUCAUGCAGAGAGUUAAAAGAAGAAGGCCUAGUACCUAAUGCCAUUUUUAUUGCAACAGAAAAUGCACUUCAAAAUGGACAGAUUGAAUUAGCACAAAGUUUAUUCAAAGAGUUACAAAAGGACGGUAUAGAAUUGCGUCAGCAUUAUUAUUGGCCAUUGUUAGUCCAGAAAGGUAAAGAACAAGACGAGGAGGGACUUUUACAAAUACUUCGCAAUAUGUCUGCUGCUGGUGUUUCACCAGUAGGCGAAACACUUCGGGAUUAUGUCAUACCAUACCUGAUAGAAAAGGAUACACCUCAAAAUGUAAUAUUAAAACUUCAAAUUUGUAAUGUGCCUCUUAUUGCUAGCGCUAGGAAUGUAAUGGUAGCACUCUUGGAAUUAGGCCAUACGAAAAAAGCAGCAGAAAUUGCUCUUCAGUACCAUCCAAGAGGUCAGUACACCUUGAUUGCUCGUCCACUUCUCAAUGCAUUGUCUAAAACUAAGGAUAUAGAGUCUUUUGCUAGCAUAUUGCAUGUCGUUAGCAGUAGACCUCAAAUAUCUCAAGUUGAUGAAGAUACUAAUGAAGAUUUACAAAAAGACGACAAUCAGAACAACAUAAAUGUUGGUCGAAUUGUAAAUUCAGCUGUAAGGAUAUUGUCCAAACCAGAUCUUUGUGAGAACUUACUGUCGAAUAUGUACUCUAAAGGGCUUGGCAUUAAUACUGAGUCGGCCGAAGCUAUAGCACAGUAUCUUGGUGAAAAUAUGACGACCAAAUUAUCAGAGUUAUUGUCACAACUCACAUCAUCAGAUUUAGAAUUAGCUCCUGUCCAGAGCAUACGAAGAGAAUCAACUGGCCCUCCAUCAGCAGCACAAUUGGAAAAAAUUCUUAAGCAAAACAAAAACAAGGGAAACAAUGUUAAUCGAAUCCAAAAACAAUUGUUAACUGCAUAUAUAAAGGAGAAUAAUACAACUAAAGUAAAUAGUUUCUUACAAGAGUUAAAAGGGUCUGACUUUGAACUCACUCCAGCAACACUUGCCCAACUUUAUGAAUACUAUAGUCAGAAUGAUGAAAUCGAUAGAGCUAAUGAAUGUAAAGCCGAGAUUUUAGCAAAAUAUCCUGAUUUUACAUUAAAUAAAUUUAAAUUAAUACAAAUGGCUUUUGCUUUGGUUAGAACUAAUAGGUAUGAUGAAGCUGUUCAAUUCCUUAAGGAUAACAAGCAGGCUGAUGACAUUGAUACAGGAUUUAUGUAUAAUUCUAAAGUUUGGCAAUUACUGAAUAGUCUAGCUGAAAAAAAGGAUUCCGAGAAAGUCAUAGAACUAACAAAAUUAUUAAUAGAGAACAACUACAUUGAGCCCUCUAAUGUGAUAUUAGGUCCCUUGAUAAAGGUGCACCUACUGAAGGAUGAUAUUGACAGUGCAUUAAAAGAAUUUGAGAAUUGUUGCAAUCAGUACAGAAGUACCCCAUGGAAAGGGGAGUUGAUGAAAGCACUUAUAAUGAAAGAAGAUGCAUCCAAGCUUCAGUGGCUAGCGGACCUUAGCACUCAGAUCCACGGUGAAGUGAACAUCCUGCAUGACUUAGUGCUCGCAUUUGUGGAAUGCGGUCGAUUACGGCAAGCUCGCCGUAUCCUGGAAACACCGGGUAUGCAGACCCGCCAGCGACGACUCGACGACGCCUGUCAAAGAUAUGUUGAGGAAGGCAAAUCUGAAUACUUGGAAGGUCUUCUCGAAGCCACAAAGGAACUGUCUUACAUUGACCGUUCAAAUAUCUUCUAUCACCUUCUUGUAACUUACUGCAAAGCCAAUCAGACUGACAAAGCAGUUGGUCUAUGGACUAUUUUGCAAGAAGAAGGUGAAAUACCAAGCGACCAAUUCCUCUCGUAUCUUAGUAAACAUCUCAAAUCUAAGAAUAGGGAAGUUCCAUUCGUGGUCCCUAAUGAAACUCCGACCAAACAGAAAACAUCUGAAGUUACCAAACCUAAACAGACUGGCCCAACUAAAAAUGAACUAACAAACACGAUUGAGACACUGGUUCAAGAAGGCAAAACCGAUCAAGCUUUGGACGUGGCUAUAAAAUCAUUUGAACAUGGAAUUAUUCCCAAAUCAAGUGUUCUGAAAUAUACACUAAAAAAACUGGCUGAGGAAUCUAAUGUGGAAAAAAUACAGCAAUUGGGCAAAUAUGUAAGUGAUAAUUUGAGACGCCGUAUAACCUAUGAUGAUAAACUUACUUUGGCUAUUUUCAACCGAGGAGAUGGAGCCAAUCACAUGGACAGUAUACUAACAUCUUUAGAAAAUGCCACCACAGAUGAAGAUAUAGAAAAUAUUCUAACAAAAUUCCCGAGAAGCAAUGCAUUAGCAUCUAUUAUGGAGAACAAAGAGGUUUUAAGCAAAUGUCACACAGUAGCAGAAAUUCUUGCAUCGAAAGGUCACACGAACCCCGCCAAUCUGUUGUGGAUGGAAUAUGUGCUGUCAGAUAAAGAGCAAGAGGCAGAUACGUUAUGGAAGAAAUCACUCAUCAAUGCUAACAGCAUUUUAUUUAGGAGACUAUUACAAGAGAGCCAUCAGAGAAACGAGCCACGGUAUAUUGAAAAACUGAUAAGUGCUUUGCAGUCAAAUAAUCAGACAUCUUUGGGUUCAUUAGGUAACGCUUUUUCGCGAUUGAUAAACAUGCAUGUAGUAAAUAAUAAUUUACAAGAAGCAGAAAAUGUUUUAAAAAGGGCAAUUGAUUGUGGUUUGAAGAAAGAACAUUUUAAUAAAAAUUGUAUAGAAAGAUUGCAAUCGGCGUUUACCACGGCAGGCAAAGAAUUUAAGUUUACGCUUUAAAUACUUGUGCUGUAUUACAUAUUUGUAUUACAUAUUAUACUUUAUAUUAUCUUGUGUAUGUUUAUAUUAAUAUAUCAAUAUAUUAUCUCUAUUUUAGUCAGAGAAAAUAUGAAAGGUCUUAACUUGACAUGCCACAAAAAUUAUAAAUACCAAAUCUUAACUGAACUAGUUGUAAAUUACAAACAGUGUAGUUUUAAUAUUAUUUAGUAAUUAAUGUUUAAUAAAUUAUUAGUUCCCAA